AACAACCCCGUCGCCAUGAGCCAGCUGGGGACCGUCUACGCCACCAAGAGACGGCGUCGGAACGGAAAGAGCUUAAAACCACCACAAAAGGACGGGGUGACAAAGUCGAAUCCCAGCAAGCGGCAUCGAGAGCGAUUAAACGCUGAGUUGGAUACUCUAGCAUCAUUACUUCCCUUCGAGCAAAAUAUCCUCAGCAAACUGGAUCGACUGAGCAUCCUCAGACUCAGCGUAAGCUACCUCCGCACCAAGAGCUACUUUCAAGUGGUGAUGCACAAGGAUAAGGAGGAGAAUUCGCACCACGACUCGCAUUAUAGAGCGAGAGAGUUGGCAGCGCUCGCUGCUUACGACCAUCAUCACCUCGACGGCGAAAUGUUCCUACAGGCACUGAACGGGUUCCUGCUAAUAUUGACUUGCGACGGAGAAGUGUUUUUCGCUACUCAUAGCAUAGAGAGUUAUCUUGGCUUCCAUCAGUCCGACAUCGUCCACCAGAGUGUCUACGAACUGGUGCAUAGCGAAGACCGGGAGGAAUUGCAGCGGCAAUUAAUGUGGAAUUCUUUCUUGCCCGCCGAAAGUGCAAGCCUGCCUUUGCACGACGCACUCUCGCCCCAACAUUGUCAUCUGCUCGAACGUAGUUUCACGGUUCGCUUCCGUUGUCUUCUCGACAAUACAUCAGGCUUUUUGCGUCUGGACAUCAGGGGCCGAGUUAAAGUACUUCAUGGCCAGAACCGGAAGACGGAAGAGCCACCGCUUGCUCUGUUCGCUCUGUGCACACCGUUCGGGCCGCCUUCGCUCCUGGAGGUGCCGCAGAAGGAAGUAAUGUUUAAGAGCAAGCACAAGUUGGAUCUCGCGCUCGUGACGAUGGAUCAGAAAGGAAAGAUGCUCCUAGGCUAUUCCGACGCGGAACUAACGAAUCUCGGUGGCUACGAUCUAGUCCAUUACGACGACCUGGCCUACGUUGCUAGCGCGCAUCAAGAAUUACUGAAAACCGGUGCAUCAGGCAUGAUAGCCUACAGAUUUCAAACGAAGGAUGGUGGGUGGCAGUGGCUGCAAACUAGCUCCAGAUUGGUUUACAAAAACUCGAAACCAGAUUUUGUGCUCAGUACUCAUCGACCUCUCAUGGAGGAGGAAGGUAGAGACUUGCUUGGCAAACGUACAAUGGACUUCAAAGUGAGUUAUCUGGACGCCGGAUUGACUAACAGCUACUUCUCGGACAGCGAUACUCUGACGGGGUCAGUCAUGACGCCGACCUUACCAGCGCAACCGGCGCCCCAAAGAGUGAACAGGCGGUACAAGACGCAGCUGCGGGACUUCCUCUCGUCAUGUCGCAACAAACGCAAGCUUUCUUCUCAGUCAUCAGUCUCGCCACCAGCUCCGCCAGUCGCAUCCGUGGACUAUCUCGCGGCAGAUACCAGCACAGCGGCAGCGGUUGCUGCGGCGUAUAGCAAUUUAAAUACCAUGUACCCGACACCGUACGCGCCCACAGCAGUGGCGGCAAGCACCGAUCCUUCUUUGACAACUUACAUCGGUCAUACGGGCAACUAUCAUCAAACUCUGUAUCCAGCGAGUGCGUUAGACAACAGGUACCUUACAGCCGCGACAGAGAAUCUGUUUCAGUACAGACCGCUGGGUUCAUAUUAUCCGGAGUAUCACACCGGCACCGCGUACAAUGGUUUCAUCGACGUAUCGUUGCCUACGUACGAGACCCAUCAGCUGACCAGUAAGACAGAAGAGAAGCUCUACUGCCAACAACUCGGUAGCGGCGAGUCGCCUAAAUACAGCUAUGUGGAAACGAGACACCCUGGAAGCGUCAGUGGUUCACCCUACGCUGCCAGUCCUGUGGCGAGCGCAUCCACGAUGCAUCCAGCGACCACCGAUAUGAACGUGGUGCGCGCCGGAAGCAGGCACUCGUUGGAGGGCGGCGCGUCGUCCAGUAAUUCCGCUGGCAGCUCACCGGUGACCAGCGCAGCCAAUGGCAUGCUGACCCCGAAGAUCGAGGACGUAAAAUCUGAGGUAUAUAGCAACGAGGCGCCGCGGCAAACUGUGCUAAUGUGGGGCGCGCCACCAUCACGCACACCACCCAGGAACAACGGUAGCUACAGUCCUCCGACGCCGCAUUCGACCCACUCGUCUACGCACUCGACCAAUACCACCGGCGAUCCGCUUAAGUCGCUCGCGGAGAUGAACUCCAUGAAUGGGGACUGCAAAUGGCGACAAACUUCCCCGACGGAUCAAGUGACUGCAUCGAGUCCGCCAAGAAACAAUAAAACGCAACAAUCUCAACAGCAGCAUCAUCAUCAGCAACAACAGCAACAACAGCAGCAUCAGCAAUAUCCUGUCACGACGUCACAAUAUCAAGCAGCCGCAGCUGCCGCUGCAGCCGCUGCCGCCGCAGCCAGCACCAUCGGUUACACGCAUUCUCAUCCAGGUCAUGGUGGACACGGAGAAACGGGCUCCGAGGUAUGGCAAGGAGUGCAACACCAUCACUACCAGUACUAUCCCUACCACCAUCACCACCCCGCACCACCAAGGCACACGCCCCACACACGUAAGAUAACGGGGAGACCGUCCAUUUGGUUGCAGCACGCCACCGUCAGUUGUAGGAACGGGGACGGGGGUGGCGGCAGGCAUGGGCAUGGGCACCGGAGUGGACAACAGCACCAGCAACAACAGCAACGUCUUGUACCACCCUCCGCACCACCACCACGUAGUGGGAUCAUCGGUGGCGGCGGCGGGAAUGGGCCCAACUGUCCCACAGAUUCCAAACCGGACGCCGGGAGUCCUCUGUUGUCCAUCUCUGAGGUGACUAACACCCUGCUCAACCAAUAGUCCCUUGGUCACUUCGGCGUCGCUUUAUGUCAGCGAUGAAGAUAUUUCAGAAGAGAUGUCCUCAUUGAA